GUUUAUUUUAUAUCUUUAACAUCCCAGUCAGCAAAGAUUCAUUUCUAUAACCCUAGUUGCCUUUGAGGACAUUACAACAUCUCCUCGUUCUUUCUUAUUUUUCCUUUUCUCUUCUUCUUAUCCUCUUCUUUUGCUACAUAAUUCUUUGAACUUUUAAGAGGCUUUUAUUUUGAGAGGCAGCCUUUUAUGUUGCUUGUUUGCUUGUCUUUUUGUUUUUUAAGAGCUUAGAAACGUCCCUUCUUUUGUCUGUUGAGGCUGUAAAAGGAGAGAAAGGGGCGACUAUCUAGCGGAUGUCGUUUUGGUUUGUAUGCCACAAGAUCUCUAUGAACAAGGAGAUCGGAGUGGUGAAUCAUCACUUCUGGGCAUCGUAAGCAGCCUUCUACCAUGUACCCGUUUCAUUCUAUUGUCUUGUACAGUUCCUGGAUCAGCAAACAAUGCAAAUGAAGCAAAGUACGAUAGAAAAAACUCAACCUUUUUCUUCUAGAGUAAACUCCCUCAAGAACUUCACUGUACUUACUACCCCUUCCAACUUUCCUCACUACCUCGUAAUCACCCUGCUCCCCAUUGAAUUGCAAAUGACUCGUAAUCCCAGUACUCUUUAGAGAGUAACAUUGGCUUCGUGUAAACCCAAGUGCCUCCGGCAAGUACACCUACUGCUGGAGGGGUUGCAACGAGUAUAGCCGAUGUGGGGGGUUUGUGCUACAGGUUUGCUGAGUUAUAUAUGCCGGAAGAGAUAAAGUGAAAGGCCUCAAGGCCAUAAAAAGAGAAAAUAAUGGGCACACCCCCUUCUUUCUCCUAUGUUCCACCUAUUUCAUUUGCUAUUAACCACGUAGCAAUAGGUUUAGCCAUGUCAUCAUGUUUAAUGUCUGUAUAACGGAAAUACUUAAUUGACACUAACAUAUCAAGUUGAUGUACUUUAUCUCCUGGUGAAAGUCAUUGAUUGUUAGGACAGUGGUAUUAAUCAAAGCAAAACAGUGAGAAAACAACACAGAUCUAGCUAGAAGAGAUAGAUGAUAGUGUUUAUUGAAUGAAAAGGGGGAUCAACGUAGGUAACAAGGCAAUGUGACUGUUCGAGAAGCCCACUCUCCAAGGCAACACCCAAAUGAAAUACUACCUCCGUAACACUAGAAUCUUCCCAAAUGGAAAGUUGGUGAAAUUAUGAAUAGUGAUAUGGGAUAUAAAUUGUUGAGGGUAUGAUGGGAAGAUAAUAAAAUAGUGUGGUGGAAUGAAGGAUAAAUCCAAAAAAGUAGGUGGAAUAGUGUAUUAUUUUUAAAAUUAUUGAGGGUAUGAUGGGAAGGUUUAGAAAUGAGAAGAUUAUUUAGUUACGGAUAAAAAAGGAAAGUGAGAAGAUCUUUCCGUUACGGAGGUAGUAACAGCCUACCUUAUUUAGUUAUUCUCCCUUCUAUUUACAGCUAUUAUCCAUGCAGGGAUUAGUAAAGCUACUGACCACCUAGUUACUUAUUAAUAUAGACUCCUUAUUUCUCCUCUUGUAAUCUUUACAAAAUUACUGGAGAGGCCCCAGAUUCCUAUCAUUGAUAGAGUGCUUUACAAGCUGGAUGAGUUGGUUCGUCCAUAUGUUCACAAGAUUCUUGUGGUUAUUGAGCCUCUACUGAUUGAUGAGGACUACUAUGCUCGUGUUGAAGGAAUUGGGAUUAUGUGUAACCUUAGCAAGGCUGCUGUUUUGGAAAUUAUGAUUGCUGCCAUGCGACCUGAUAUUGACAACAUGGAUGAAUAUGUGAGGAACACCAUAGCCGGAGGAUUUAGUGUUGUUGCCUCUGCACUUGCUAUUUGCUCCCUUCUUCCAUUCCUGAAAGCAGUUUGUCAGAGAGAAAUCUCAGCAGGCUCGUCACUCAGGUAUCAAGAUUGUCCAACAGAUAGCAAUUCGAAUUGGCUGUGCUGUUCUUCCACACUUGAGAUCUUUAGUGGAAAUCAUAGAGCAUGGAUUGAAUGAUGAGAUUAUUAGAACCAAAAGCUUUGAUUCGGUACUGAAGCCCUUAUGGAAGGGUAUCAGAUCACACUGUGGAAAGGUUUUGGCUGCAGCCUGCAUUCUUAAAGGCAAUUGGUUACAUCAUUCCUCUUAUGGACGACAUUUAUGCCAGCUACUAGCCUACUAUACAAAAGAAGUGAUGGUCAUUCUGAUCCGUGAAAUCCAAUCACCCGAUGAAGAGAUGAAGAAGAUAGUGUUGAAAGUGGUGAAACAAUGUCUCAGUACGGAAGGUGUGGAGCCUGAAUAUAUCAGGACUGAUAUUCUUCAGGAGUUCUUCCAUAAAUUUUGGUUCAGGAGAAUGACAUUGGAUCACUGAAACUACAGGCAGCUUGUGGAAACUACAGUAGAAAUUGCAAACGAUUGAGAAGAAUGGUAAUGGAAACAAUUGAGAAGGUUGUUGAGAAUCUUGGCGCAUUUGACAUAGCUUCUUGUUUAGAAGCAUUUCUGAUCGAUGGAAUCCUUUAUGCCUUCCAAGAACAGACCAGUGACGAUGCAAAUGUGAUGCUUAAUUAAUGGAUUUAAUGCUGUGGUAAAUUCCAUUGGACAGAAAGUGAAACCAUACCUUCCCCAGAUCUGUGGUACUAUAUAUAUUAUAAAGUGGUGUCUUAACAACAAGAGUGCUAAGGUGAGACAACAAGCUGCAGAUCUGAUGUCAAGAAUUGCAGUGGACAUGAAACAGGUUGGUGAGGAACAGUUAAUGGGCCAUCUCGGUGUCGUCUUGUAUGAGUACUUGGGAGAAGAAUAUCCUGAGGUUCUUGGAUCCAUAAUUGGUAUGACUAAGAUGACACCUCCAAUCAAAGAUCUGCUUCCCCGAUUAACCCCUAUUUUGAAAAACCUUCACAAGAAAGUGCAAGAGAACAGCAUUGAUCUGGUUUGACGUAUUGCAGACCGUGGGGCCGAGUUUGUACCAGCAAGAGAAUGGAUGAGGAUCUGUCUCGAGCUUCUCGAGAUGCUCAAGGCACACAACAAGGGUAUCAGGCGGGCAACGGUCAACCCAUUUGGUUAUAUUGCAAAGGCAAUCAGUCCCCAGGACGUUCUUGCUACCCUGCUGAACAACCUCAAGGUGCAGGAACAUCAAAACCGUGUCUGCACAACUGUAGCGAUUGCAAUCGUGGCUGAAACCUGUUCUCCCUUUACAGUCCUACCUGCACUGAUGAAUGAAUACUGGUUCCCGGAGCUUAACGUCCAGAACGGCAUCCUUAGAUCUCUUUCCUUUCUCUUUGAGUACAUCAGUGAGAUGGGGAAAGACUACAUAUACGCCGUGACUCCUUUGCUUGAGGAUGCUUUGAUGGACAGGGAUUUGGUGCACAGGCAAACAACGGCUUCUGCAGUGAAGCACAUGCCUUUAGGGGUGGCUGGACUCGGAUGUGAAGAUGCAUUGGUCCACAGCCUAAACUACAUAUGACCCAACAUUUUUGAAACAUCCCCUCAUGUGAUUAAUGCGGCCAUGGAGGCCAUCGAAGGCAUGCGUGUGGCGCUUGGUGCUGCUGUGAUCCUCAAUUACUGUCUCCAGGGAUUGUUCCAUCCUACAAGGAAGGUCUGGGAUGUCUACUGGAAGGUUUAUAAUUCGUUGCACAUUGGAGCCCAGGAUGCACUCGUGGCAGCCUUCCCUAUUCUGAAGGAUGAGGGUAACAAGACAUACAUCAGGCCUGAGUUGACUAUAUUAGUCUGAUUUUUCCCUCCCACUCCAGCCUCCAGGUUUGUUUUGCUUCGUCUCAUGAUCAAUGAAUCUAUUGGUUCGAUGUCAAAUGUAAUCUGCAUACUGUAGGCAGUGUCUCUAUGUUCUGAUAUUGCUGAAUAAUUUUGUCCUGAAUUACUUUUAAAAUAAGUUUAUGGUCUUCAAAUGUUUGUUAAUCCAUACAGUGUACCUCACUUACCUCUGAGCUGUAUUUGUUGGUGUUGUAGUUUCCCGGGUUUCCAGUAAGGGUUUUUUGGCAACCCCUAUACGGGGGCGCAGCUCUUUCGUGGGGACGACGUUACCUCUGGCAUUUUACGGAUAGAGAGUUCUACGUUCUCUCAACAUGGGAGAGAACUUUUGCAUUAGACAAUUCCUUUAGCCACACUGCCUAGCUUAGGCUAGCUAUGCAUAAAUGCAUAAUGUUUCAUUAUAUUUGAAAGUAGUAAUUGUGCACAUCAGUAAAGGAAGGAAGGGAAAUUGGUGAACCCAGAAUUAGUAACAGCUCCUCAUCUCCGGAUUUGGAAUUCACAGACCUGCUUGUAUAACGGUUACGGAAAGUCAAAAGUAUUCAGCUAUCAAGCUGAUAUAAAAUGUCCUUGCAUAGUUGCAUGCAACGUGAAAAUAAAAUAACACCAUUCCGGAGCAGCGGAGCUCAUAGUGACUGAUGUCAGUCUCAAGCUGUGACUUAUUCAAGUGGCCUUCCAGGAAAUUUUAGUGCAACACACUUGUUAUUAGAUUGGGAGCCCGUUUGGCAACCCUAUUUUUUGGCUUAUCAGGCUUAUCAGCCAACUUGUUCACCAAACACGUAAAUUUUCUUUCGCGCGCUG